AUGUCAGACGGGUAUGUGUGGUUUGAAGGGGUGCCUUUCCCUACCAAGGGUUUCACACCUGAAGUCCUGAGAGAAGCGCGGGAGAGUUUUGUGUUUAAGGAUGAAGAUGUCUUAAUACUGACUUACCCCAAAUCAGGAACAAACUGGUUGAUUGAAAUUGUCUGCCUGGUUUACUCCAAAGGGGAUCCCAAGUGGAUCCAAUCUGUGCCCAUUUGGGAACGCUCACCCUGGGUAGAAGCUGAGGAUGGGUAUAAUGCACUAAAGGAUAAGGAAGGCCCCCGCCUCAUCAGCACCCACCUCCCCAUCCAGCUCAUCCCCAAGUCUCUCUUCAAUUCCAAGGCCAAGGUGAUUUAUCUCAUCAGAAAUCCCAGAGAUGUUCUCAUGUCUGGUUAUUUUUUCUAUGGGGUUUCAUCUUUUGCUGAGAAAUUUGAGUCAUUGGAAGAAUAUUUUGAAUGGUUCAUCAAAGGAAAUCUGCCAUAUGGAUCCUGGUUUGACCACACUCAUGGCUGGAUGACCAUGAGAGGGAAGGAGAACUUCCUGAUACUGAGUUACGAAGAACUGAAACAGGACACAAGAAGCAUCAUAGAGAUCUGCCAAUUCCUAGGCAAGAAAUUAGAACCAGAAGAACUGAACUCCGUCCUCAAGAAUAGCUCCUUCCAGGUCAUGAAAGAAAACAAGAUGUCCAAUUAUUCCCUCCUGCAAGGUCAAUGUCUCAGUAAGAAUGGAAUACUUCUGAGAAAAGGCAUUUCUGGGGACUGGAAAAAUUACUUCACAGUGACCCAAGCUGAAGCCUUUGAUAAGAUAUUCCAGGAGAAGAUGGCAGAUCUUCCUCAAGAGCUGUUCCCAUGGGAAUAA